AUCUACAGACAACGCAUAAAAAAAUGACGAGAAAUGGCAACAUCGCCGUUGGAGUUCUUGGUAAGAUAUAUAUCUGAUUGGUUAUUGGCGAGAAGAAAAAGAGUCUGAGAAAGCAGCAGUUCUGACAAACACCCUGUGAAUAGCUCUCCAAGGGGCCUUUUCCGAACACUUGCAGUUGUUGAAGGACGCUGCGGAACAACUAGAAACUCCUGGGAAGCUUGAGUUCAUCUUAGUCAAGACUCCAGCUGAUCUAGAGAAAUGCUCGGCUCUAAUUAUUCCUGGUAAAUUCUUUCAUUCCUUAGGGGCAGCCCUUCUAAUUGGCGACUAACAGGAAAACAGGCGGAGAGAGCACUACAAUUGCCUUGAUUGCUGAACGCAGUAACAUCCUCGAGCCCCUCAGAGAGUUUGUUAAAGUUCACCGUCGUCCUACUUGGGGUACAUGCGCCGGCAUGAUCCUUCUCAGCGAAGCCGCCAACCGUACCAAGAAGGGUGGUCAAGCCCUUAUCGGAGGUCUCUCCGUUCGUGUGAACCGCAAUCACUUCGGUCGUCAAGUGGAAUCUUUCGAUACUCUUUUAAAUCUUAACUUUCUAGGAAAAGACGAGGCGCCGUUCCGAGGUGUAUUCAUCCGGGCCCCGAUUGUUGAAUCAAUCCUUCCGAAGGGAGAGGAGCCAGAAGACGUCGAAAUCCGCGCGCCAUCAAAGAAGCCUAAGGGCGCAAUUGAGGAGAGCUUUAGCGAUGAAGAGAAUGUGGAGAUACUUUGUCAACUCCAGAGGAGAUUGCUACCCACUGAAGGACUCAAUACUGCCGAUGGACCCCUACACGAACUCAAUUCUGGGGGGGAAGUCGGUAAAGUGCAUGCGGCCCCCGAGGGGGAAAAGGAAAACUGCUCUAAUGCCAGUAGUAUUGUUGCGGUUCGGCAGGGAAAUGUUGUUGGAACUAGCUUCCACCCGGAGCUGACUGGGGACCUGAGAAUGCACAAGUGGUGGUUGGGGGAGGUUUUGAAGGAUCUCACAAGAAGAGAGGAGCUUCUCCGCGCUCAGCUGAACAAAUAAUGCCGUUUCAUCCAGAGGCUUCACGUUCACGGUAAGGUGCAUAGUAAUGCAAAAGGCAGAGGGAUUACUAGAAUUUAGAUUUGUUGCUCUUUGGUGGUGCUGUUUUUCGUCUCAUCUCUCUUUCAAAGGAAGAGGGGGGAAGAAAGCUAGUUUUAGAUACGAUAGCAAGAAUAUUUUCGUUCAUGUUGAACCACAAUACCAAUCCAAAGCCAUAUAUUCAAU